AUGUAUGAAGAUGCUUAUUGUGUUGAAACAGGAGUUUGUACACCUGAUUUGAAAUUUAUCUAUGUAUUGUCUGGAUGGGAGGGUUCUGCUUCUGAUGCUCGUGUUUUACGAGAUGCUCUACGCAGAAAUAAUCGGCUUCAUGUUUCAAGGGAUAAAUACUUUUUGGUGGAUGCUGGCUAUAUUAACGGGCCUGGUUUUUUAGCACCAUAUCGAGGAACUAGAUACCAUUUGAAUGAGUGGACCGGAAACCGACCUGGAAAUUACAAAGAGUUGUACAAUCUUCGUCAUUUGAUCGCAAGGAAUGCAAUUGAACGGUCAUUUGGGUUAUUAAAAAAGCGAUGGAGCAUAAUGCGUACUCCCUCAUUUUUCAGCAUCAAAACACAAGUUAGGAUCUUAAAUGCUUGUUGUGUUUUGCACAAUUUUAUUCGAAUUAAGCAAGCUAGUGAUCCUGUUUUAGAAUAUCAAGAUUCAAGGUUUUUAGCAGCUGUUGAUUUGGAGUUAUUAAAUCGUCCAAUGUCAGAGAAUGAUGCAAAUAAUGAUAGGAUUACAUGUGUUCAAGCUACUGAUCAAUGGACAAACUUUCGUGAUACAUUUGCAUUGAAGAUGUUCUAA